GAACCCAGGACCCUUCAGUCCGAAGGCCAACGCUCUAUCCACUGAGCCAAACCGGCCAGGGCCAGAGUUACAUUUUAGAUGUCUCUCUCAAAUUGAAGUGGGGAACAUAACUUUGAGAGGAGUAAGACUGGAGGUUGGGAGACCAGUUAGGAGAAUAGAGCACUGAUUCGGGUGAGGUGCUGAGAGGAUGAACCAGAACAUUGGCAACAGUAACAGCAAGGGAGACAGGCCCUUCUAGGGAAACCUGUGAAGGAAUAAUUUAAAAGAGGGUGAAAAGGAAGGGACUGUGACUUGGUCCACCACUGGCCUUACAUAUACACCUUCCUUAGCAAGGUGAGGCCCCAAGGUAGCUGGAACCGUUGGGAACUUAGAUGACAGCACCAUGACAGCCUGUGCUGCCCAGGAUCUGUAGGGAUUGGUUGGAUGGGGUAUUGGAAAGGAUCAGUUACCUUAAGAAUGAGAAUGGAAUGAUGUCUUUCCAGCAGCGGGAAAUGCUGAGCUCAAUUGUGUGUGUCCCCUAUCUUCACCUCCUUCUGCAGACACAUCUCACAUGUCCUUUGAGGAGCUGUUGGAAUUGCAGAGCCAAGUGGGGACUAAGACAUACAAACAAUUGGUAGCUGGAAGCAGCACUAAGAAGCAAGGCUCUAGACCCCCUGUCCAAAAUGCCUGUGUUGCAGAUAAGCACAGGCCUCUGGAAAUGUCAGCCAAGGUCCGGGUGCCAUUUUUGCGUCAAGUUGUCCCCAUCAGUAAGAAGGUAGCCCGGGACCCCCGCUUUGACGAUUUGUCAGGGGAAUAUAAUCCUGAAGUGUUUGACAAAACCUAUCAAUUCCUGAACGACAUCCGAGCCAAAGAGAAAGAGCUUGUGAAAAAGCAGUUGAAGAAGCACCGUUCAGGGGAGAAGCAUGAGAAGCUGCAGCAGCUGCUUCAGCGAAUGGAGCAGCAAGAAAUGGCACAGCAGGAACGGAAGCGGCAGCAGGAGCUGCGCCUGGCUCUGAAGCAGGAGCGGCGGGCGCAGGCCCAGCAGGGCCAUCGUCCGUACUUCCUGAAGAAAUCUGAACAGCGCCAGCUGGUCCUAGCUGAGAAGUUCAAGGAGCUGAAACGCAGCAAGAAGCUAGACAGCUUCUUGAGUCGAAAAAGGCGCCGAAACGCAGGCAAAGACAGGCGACAUCUCCCUUUGAAUAAGGACUAAUAGGAACUGACCUCAGCUCUGCCACUGCCCCAGUGAGAACUGUGUCUGUGGGGACAGACUGGGGCUUGGCCUGUUCUGGAUCUUUCCCCUUCAAGGACAAGGAUCACAGCUGCCCUUGAACUAGAUUGGCUCAGUGAUGACUAAAGGGUUCUUGGGCUGCCCCAGGGAUGGACAGGAACAGCUCAGCCUUCGCCAUGCCACACUCCUCUGCUUGGAUCUGGUUCAUCAUGUACUCGUGUCCUCCCAUCCUUGCCUUAAACCAGGGAUGAGAACCUUUUUUCUGCCAAAGGCCAUUUGUAUAUUUAUAACAUCAUUCAUGGGCCAUACAAUAUUACCAGUUUAAAAAUUAUCGGCCAUAUUUGAUCAAACUUUUAAUUAACUCACCCCUAAUGCCUUGGCAGGGCCAGACCAAGUGAUGCCAUGGGCCUUAUGUGGCCCGCAGGCUGAACAUUCCCAACCCCUGUGAAAUCAAUAAUUCUGACAGAGGAAAAAAAGGGUCAGUGACCUUAGGUUAGUGAAGGCCAUGGAGUCUGUUGACAGCUUCCAGGACUGGGACUUUAUGUAGAAGCCAGUUAAUAAACAUUCUUGUCGCUCA